UUUUGAACACCCUGUAUAUAUAUAUAUAUAUAUAUAUUUAUAUACAGGGUCCUCGAAAAGUAUGGAAACAGCUCAAUAAUUCGGGAUACAUCUUGGAAAAAAAUAUUCAAUAUAAAAAUUGUAAUAUAAAUAUUGCAAUAUAAAUAUUGCAAUAUAAAAGUUGCAAUAUAAAUAUUGCAGGAUUUAAAAAGAGGCGUACGAUGGCCUGAUUUUGAUUUUCAGCUUGAUCUUUAAGGUUAUUUCAAGGUCAAGUUGAUUUUUUUAAAUGCAAACCCCUAUUGUUAUUGCAUAUUCUUGUAACUUAUCUCGAGAGCUUUUCAGAACACUAUAAUAACGUAUUAUUUUAUUAAGUCCGCGUGGUAUACCUUCGGUAAUGCUAAUGCCAGCGGUACUGCAACUUUCAAGUUUUAUUAUUCAAAAAGCAUUUAAUAAAAAAAUUCGUUAUAUUCCUUAUGGUAAUAACUAUUAUUAGCUUAUAUAUUUUUUAAUCCAUGUAUCCAAAAAUUUGUGUAACCUAAUAGCAUAGUACAAAGAGAACUAUAAUAUGGCGAUAAACUUUUGUCCAAGUGAAGGCACUUCAGAGAUAUCAAGGUCACCUUCAUUUUUUUAAAUGGAAUCGAUAUGUUUUGUUCCUAUCAUAUGAUAGAAGGGCUUAAAACAAGUUCAAAACAUAUAUCACAAGAUCAUUGAAUAAGAUUAAAAGUAAAAAAGCGGUAAAAAGAAGUAUAGAUACAAAGUGCACGAUUGAUUGAUUUUCAUUUUAUUUUUAUUUUAUUUUAUUUUAUUAUUAGUUUGUCCUAAGAACUUGCUAAAAUGAGAAAUGUAUUGUAGAGAGAAAGUCUGCUUCUGGAUAAAUAAUUCAUUAUUUUUCUAUUCUCUAAUAGUUUCAUAUUUCGAUUCGUAUAGCUAUGUUAUUUCAUGAAUUUAUCUAUUUAAUAUACAAUUUUGAAAAUCUUGUUAACUAUUUAAAGUUAACAAAUGUGAUAUGUACAGCAGUUUAAUACCCUUGGUAUGGUAAAAAAAUAAUUUACAAUUAUAAUGAAUCAUAUUUGAUGUAAUGCGGAACUUGUUAUUAUAAACAAACUUAUAAAAAAAGGAAGCAAAGGAAAACAUGUCCUUUUAAAAUGAAUAUUAUACAAUCAUCAUGGUUUGCAUUAGCACGUAUAAGUUUAAUUGUAGCCUAUCGUAUAAUUGUCUAUUUUUUAAUGAUCAAUUCACUAAGCAUAUUGAUGACAGAGUGUAAUAUAUCCAUUUAUACUGCCAUAAACUGGAGUUGAUUGUUAAUUUGAUCUUUUAUUGAUUUUUAUGAUUUAUCUUAUAGUUACUAACACAAUGGAUUUCUAAUGACAAUAUACCAAUUGGAGGUUUGCAUAAAAUUGUCGAGAUUGAUGAGGCAAAAGUCGGUCAUAGAAAAUAGCACAAAGAACGUAUCAUAACAGGGCAGUGGAUAUUUGGAGGAAUCCAAAGGAUUUUUUAUCAUACCUGAAAAUCGAAAGUCUAAGAUUCUCAUAGAUCUCUAUUAUUUAACGCCAUAUUACACCUGGCACUAUUAUUUAUAGCGAUAGUUAGCGAGUUUAUGAUGCUUUAAAAAUAAAAACUAUACCCAUAAAAUAGUUAACCACAAAUAAAUUUUGUUAACACUUUUACUGCGGAUGACGCCAAUUGGCGGCAUUCCUAUCCCCCACUCUGUGCGGAUGAUGCCACUUGGUGCUCCCUCUUAUUUGCAAUAUUUUACUAAAAAUAUGUGUUACACCCGGGGGCGACAUUCAGUUUUUCAUACGCAGCAAAAGGAUUAAUUCGUAAUCUGGAGUAUAUACUUAAACAUUGAGCGACUUUAGAGAGAUGUAAUGAAGAACUGAUGAAUUAUUGUGUAGCUGAAAACAAAAAAUUAGAGUAAUGGAUCAACAGCAAAUAAGUAGAAGACAGGCAGCCAAUUCACCGGAAAUAGCAUUAGCCAACGAAGUGUUUGAUCAGUUUUGCAAUGCCACUACGUUGAAGUCUAUUCUGGGCUAUUAUAGGCAUCUAUGCGAAUUAUUGAAGAUCCGACCGAACGUUAUUAAUCAAUUUUAUCCGAAAUUAAAGACGAAACUACGAUCAUGGAAGGCGCAAGCAUUGUGGAAGAAGUUCGAUCAGCGGGCUAGUCAUAAAUGUUACAGUCGUGGCAAAGCAUGUCCAAAUACGAGGAUCCUGAUUAUUGGUGGAGGACCAUGUGGUUUACGAUCGGCCAUAGAGGCACAAUUGUUAGGUGCCAAAGUUGUUGUUAUAGAGAAAAGAGACCGGAUGUCUAGAAACAAUGUUUUGCAUCUGUGGCCUUUCGUUAUCCAGGAUCUACGAGGUUUGGGUGCAAAGAAGUUCUUCGGAAAAUUUUGUGCUGGUUCCAUUGAUCAUAUCAGUAUCCGGCAACUGCAAUGUAUCUUAUUAAAAGUUGCUUUGAUCCUCGGCAUUGAGUUCCAUGAGAAUGUGAGCUUUGAUUCUCUGAUUCAGCCACCCAACAAUCAGGAGGAUGGCAAGACUGGCUGGAGAGCGAAAACUUUGCCAACAGACCAUCCUGUCUCUCAAUAUGAAUUCGACGUAUUAAUUGGAGCUGAUGGCAAAAGAAAUACUUUAGAAGGUUUUAAACGAAAGGAAUUUCGAGGAAAACUGGCUAUUGCAAUUACAGCAAAUUUUAUAAACAAACGAACUGAGGCAGAGGCUCGUGUGGAAGAGAUUAGUGGUGUUGCUUUUAUUUUUAAUCAAAAGUUUUUUAAAGAAUUGUAUCAAGAAACGGGUAUUGACUUGGAAAAUAUUGUCUAUUACAAAGACGACACACAUUACUUCGUUAUGACUGCAAAAAAACAUAGUUUAAUCGACAAGGGCGUUAUUUUGCAGGAUCACGCUGAUACUGCGAAAUUGCUUGCCAAAGAAAAUGUAGAUCGAGAGGCAUUGAUGUUGUAUGCACGAGAAGCAGCGGAAUUUUCGACAGAAUAUCAAAUGGUAGAUAUGGAAUUUGCAGUAAAUCAUUAUGGACAACCGGAUGUAGCCAUGUUUGACUUCACUUCAAUGUACGCAGCUGAAAAUGCAAGUCGUGUUUUGGAACGCCAUGGUUAUCGAUUACUCAUGAUUCUUGUAGGCGACAGUCUUCUUGAGCCGUUUUGGCCGACCGGUUCCGGAUGCGCAAGAGGAUUCCUGAGUUCUUUGGAUGCGGGUUGGGCGAUCAAAGGUUGGGGCGCUUCGUUAUCACCGUUAGAAGUAAUUGCGGAGCGCGAAUCGAUUUAUAGAUUAUUGGGACAGACGACGCCGGAAAAUUUGAAUAGGGAUUAUGCUGCAUACACUCUGGAUCCUCACACAAGGUACCCAAAUCUUAAUGUACGCGCUGUAACUCCGAUACAAGUACGUAGUCUUCUCGACACAGACGAUCCUGAGAGUGUCAAACAACCUACAAUACAGUCCGAGAUUGAUAUUCCAAAGAAACGAAGACGUCGCGAUUUGAGGAUCGAUGCUCAGACUCAAGUUCACCCAGAUACAUUACUUCGCUGGCUGCAAAAACAAGUUGCAAUGUACGAUAAGAUUCAUGUCGAAGACAUGGGUGCCUCCUUCAAAGAUGGUUUGGCUAUUUGUGCGAUUAUUCACCGAUACCGUCCAGAUUUAAUCGAUUUUUAUAAUUUAAAUGCAGAAGAUCUAGUGAAGAACAAUCAGCUUGCCUUUGAUACGCUGGAAAAAGAAUUGGACAUAAAACCGGUAAUGACGGGAGAAGAAAUGGCUCAAUGCGACGUUCCUGAUAAACUUGUCAUUUUUUCUUAUCUAACGCAAAUAUAUGAAGCUUUCCGAGGCGAGAUUCCAUAUGUGAAACAUCCAAAACUAGAACAGGAAGCGGAAGAAAAUAUUAUGAAUCCAAAGCAACUAAAUCAAUUGAUGUCUGAACAGAAAACUAUGAGAGGGCGUCGUUCCUCACGACACACAAGUGAUAAUGUACAAUCUUCUGCGGAUAAAAAGGGCGAUACAACUAGUCGACGUUCUCGAAAAAGACGUAGUACUGAAAAGAUGGGUGCGACAAUGGGUGAAAGACAGAAAAAAAUCAAUGAAACAGAGGAGUACCGGACCGAGUGCAUGAAGAAGCGGCAAUAUUUACGUCAAAUGGCAAUCCAGCAAUUCUACAAAAGUAUGCGGAUGUUACAAGCUAAUGCAAAACGCGAAAAAAACGAGCCCUUUGAAGAUUAUGCAAUUUCAUUGUAUCGUCAAACUGCACCAGAUUUUAAGGACCGAGUAAAAGAUUUAGAGCAAAAAAUACUCUAUCCAGAUAGAGAGACCAAGAUACAUGUUAGCUACCAAAAAGGUAAUGUGGACGAGGAAUUCUCGGGAAGAAUAAGAAAUUUUGAGGAUAAGCUAAAAGGAACAGCACUCUCUGAGAAGAAACCUAAGGAUCUUUUACGUGCCAUUGGUAAAAUCGAGAAAACUGAUUGGAAUGUAAAAGAAAUUGAAAAAAAAAUCGAGGAGAAUAAAAUGGGUCGCAGCGUACGUCAUGAUCGCAUUGAAAGAGUGCCAAAAUGGAGUCGCGAGCAGAUGUGUAUAUGUUUUGUUCAGUUUCUAGCUCGGCAGAUCAAAAUGGAGAAACGGGGCAACGAUCCAAAGGAUACCUAUAGUAAGUACGCUGAUAUAGACAAUACUCUCAAGAGUAUAGGCAAGAAGAUUCAAGAAGGUAGUGCGCUUGGUUACAAUAAAGUUACAGCCAUGGCUGAACAAUUUUCAAAUAAAAAUCAGGACGCAGAGCCCAAGAUGCAGAAAUUGAAAAUUAAACCUACCAUCGUAUUACCGGCGCAGGGAGGUUCGGAGAUAUGUCAUUUUUGCAAUAAAAGGGUUUAUCUAAUGGAGAGACUUAGUGCAGAAGGCAAAUUCUUUCAUCGUGGUUGUUUCCGAUGUGAAUAUUGUACCAUUUCGUUAAGAAUAGGAAAUCAUACAUUUGAUCGGGAAAAAAAUGGUGGUCGCUUUUAUUGUGCACAACACUUUGGAUUAUUAGGAACGCUGAAAACUAGAGCGGAGAAAAAGAAAAGUAAUUUAGUGAACAAAGAAAAUGAACCUAAUGCUGCAAUUACUUCAAGAACACCAGAAAAGGUUAAAAUAUCGUUAGAAGGUGUUGCUGGCUUAGAUCUCCUUGAUCGUGGACAAACUCCGGAGAGAAUAGAAUUUGAAAAUUUAGCAGGAAUUUUAGAUCCCGAUGAAGCUCACAGCCAGAUGGAUGAAGACGAAUGGACGGAUAGAAAUUUUGGUGCUUCUACUGCGGAAAUGGGAUCUAGUGACGAUAUUUCAGAUAUGAGUGAUUCUGAUGAGGAUAACGAAGUGUUUGAGGAAGCUAUAGAUCAACCGCUAACGACAGAAGGAACUCUUGAAUUAGCUAAGAAUUGGACAUUGCGUUACACCCAACCACAUGCAACAGUUGGACAAUCUGACACCGGCAGCAAUGAAUAUGAAGAGUCUAGUGACGAGUACACUAGUGAAGAUGAUGAAAGCGGUACGGCGACUGAAAAUGAAGAAGAUGUACGUGCACGAGAACUCCGAAAACAAGAAGUCUGGUUAAAAAUGCCACCACGCAACUCCGAUACUGAUACGGGUUCAGAAACAGAGGUCGCAUCGUCGGAAGAUACGACAACUGAGGAAAGUGCAGAAAAUUCUGCGACAGAGAUAUCAACUGAUUCUGAAUUCGAACAUGAUGGAGCAACUCCAACUCAGCACGAAAUCCCUGAAAUCGCUAUCAACGAUUCUUAUGUACGGAAAACAAGGGGCACCUACAUUGAAGCGAAAAGAAUACAGGUGAAAAGUAAAGUAAUUCCUUUAAUUGAUGACAAUCCAAAACAGGAUCAGGAGCAGCAAGAUAAUGACAAGCAACUUUUACAAAGCAAUUAUAUCAAGCAUGAAUCGAAUAGAAAAGUAAAUUGCAAUAUUUCCGUAUCGAUACCUGUCGAUACCAGCAGUCCCGUGCCAUUGUUUAACCCACGGAAGGGAGAUUAUCUGCUGAAUCGUACUCACUCUACUGAAGGAAUUGCUUCAAGACUCUCUUUAGAGUUGAAAAAACGUUACCUCUUGGGUGGAACAGGUUUAGGUGGCUCCGUCGUAAAAUCAGGUUCGACAUCUAAUGUGGACACAAAACUAAGGAAUUUCACCGAUGCAAUCUCUCAGCAUCAAAAAUUAUUGAAUCCGGCGCCGGAACCUAGUCCUACGAUGCAAGCGUUUCUUCAAGGUACUAGCAAGCUGCGAACCAACGAUGCACCACUUUCUCCGUUGUCGCCCACAAUUUUAUUUUCGCGACAGUUAUCUAAUGAUCGUUGCCGACAUCCAUCGUAUGAUGUCGCAUAUAAGCCAACAACUCUGAUUGAAACAUCCAAGGCACAACAUUUACCUGAUUUAGUGAAGGAAUCUAAUAUCUUAAAAUCGAAGACAGCACCUAAUAUAUGCGGUGAAUCGAUGGUAAACAGGGAAUUAUUUGAGAAUCAAAUGUUAUCUCAUCAAUCUAACAAUUCGAUGCAGUAUAACAUGGAAAAAAAGAAGAGUUCUCAGAAUUUGGAGAACAUCAUUUCAGAAGAGAAUAACGAUUUUAGACCGCGUAGUCCAUUACACGAAACAUCUAUUGUUGUUCCUGAAGUAAACUGGAGUAAAAAUGACAAGAAUAAAAAUGAUAGUUCAGGCGAUUCUGAGAUAGAUAGUGAUUCAUUAUCUUCGUCUGAUUCUAACGAAAUAGCUGAGAAUGAUCAACAUAUUGCUGUAAAUUUUUCACCACCUAGAUUAGAGAUUCAUAGCAUUGAUGGUAAUCUCCUACUGGACGAUGGAACUGACCAAUGCAAAGUUUACAAUCCUGAUGAUAGUCAAACUUUUGAACCAGAUUCUAUUGAAGUUUCAUUUUUGCGAGAUCGCCAAUUAUUUAACAGGUCACAAAGUAAUUUAUAUAUCGAAACAUUGAAUAACAGUAUAGAAAAGUUAAACCUGCGGGAUAAUACUAACAAAAGCAAUUGUAGUAGUUCUACUUCCGAACCAUCAACAGCGUCUAAUAAACAGGAUGAUUCUGAAGAAAACGAUGUUACUACUGCGGUUUUUACAGAGACAGAAUUUUCUGAAUGGGCCCGAGAUGGAGAAGUUUUAGUUUCUGAUGACCUCUGCGAUGUAGAACUCAACAUUGAUCCUAAAUUCAUUACUAUACGAAAAAAUAAUUUAUCAUCUUUUGAGAAGUUACCUCCUACAUCUGUUAAAAUUGCCGAGGAGGAAGAUAUGGAGUCCGAUUAUUCUAAAAUUGACCGAAAAAUUGGUUGGGAAUGUCCAAGUAAUAGCACAUCAAAAUUACUGACUAACAAUGAGAACAUCGAUUAUAUGGACACAGAUAAUGAAUCACUGCUUGAUGACAGCCUUCAAGACGCUUCCAAUGUUGCAAUGCUGAGAAACCGCGGCUAUAUUGAGUUCGUAAAUGUUAAAACCAUGAACAUUCCUACUGUAAAAGAGUCGAAUAAACCGGUUGCUGAUGCGCCGAUAGCAAAAUUGGAACCGGAAAAUGACUUGUAUGGCGAAGAAGAAGAAGAAUGCUUCAAAGACGCAAAUGUAAUUGAGAUAAAUCCCGUCACGAUGGAAGAUGUAAUGGACAAGCUAAGUGGACUUAUGAAAAAAUCAUCACCAGUACAGUUAGAAACUCAAAUAGAAACUACAAAAAAAUUUGAAGAUGUGUUUAAAAGUGAUACGAAGCAAGAACAAUUAGUAGAAGCAUUUAACAAUAAAUUGCUUCAAUCAAUGGAGGAAGAUAGUCUAUUGUUAGUAGAAUUAGCAGAAGACACAACUACUAGUGAGAUUGUUACAGUACUUGCCAGUCCAGUUAAUCCUGAAAUGUCUAUAGUUUCUGGAGAAACGGUAGAAAAGAAAGAAGAAUUAAUCAAAACGGAUUGUAGUAAUCCAGACUAUAUGGAAUAUGUAAAAAGAUUGCAAUCCAGAAUCGCAGAGUUUAGCAAUGCAAAAGAUUCUAUCGAUGUAAGAAAAUCGAAGCGUAAGAACUCAAAGAAUGUAGCGCAAGCAUGUAUCACAGAUAUGAUCGUUGAGGAAAUCAAAUAUAAAAAAACAACAACCGUGAAUGAUAACGUAAAUUCACCAACAACUUCGAGGAAACUCGAAGAGAUUACCAGAGAGAGGUCCAAGCAAAAAAAUGUUAUCCAAGACUUGCUGAUGGAUAAACUUGAAGCUCAUAAACAGAAAUCAGCCGAGAAGAAAGCUCGAAGAGCUGCUAGGGCCUCAUCUUUUGCCACUGUGCUAUCACAAAUGAAACCAUCACUUUCCUAUACUAUUUCUACUGGUAAUAAAUUUGUGCCUGCUUCUAUAGCAACUUCCCUAAAUAAUAAAACUAAUAUGUCUUAUGAAGAAGCAAAUAAACCAGUGAGUCUUCCUACUUCUUCUCAUUAUUACGGAAAAUAUAAUGAAAUAGAAGCCAGAAAAGAGAUUGCAAUAAGCAUUGAUCAACAAAAACAAAACCAAUCGGAUACGAUAAUUGUAAAACCGACAACAAUCAAUGUAGAAAAUAUAUUUCAAUCUCAAAUUAUGCCACUAAGGUUGAGCAUUGAACAAACAAAAAAGAUAAUCGAAAAAUCUAAGCAGAAUGAUAAAGAAUGGACAAGAGUGAAAAGUGAUGAUAAUUUGGAAUUAAGAACUGAGAACAAAAUCCAGGACAUUAAAAUAAGAGCAAUACGACAGGAGCUUUCGGUGGAAGAUACGAGAAAGAAUAAUGCAUCAGAGAUUAGAAAGACUAGACCGUAUAGUUUUAGUACAAUAGAUAACUUGGGAUUAAAAUUACAAACCAGCAAGAGUACUGAUAAUAUGAAAAACAUUGCUAGUCGAGACAACUUUGAAAGACAACCGCCGGUUAAUGCAAAAUCGAUGGAUGAGUUAUUAAAUAUUGCAGAUUCUUUGACAUUAGUCAAUAAUAGCGUGACGAAAAGAGAUAAGAAGAAGUUCAAGGACCCAGAAAGGAGGAAAAGUAUUAUACAAGCGGUGUCAGAUUUCUUCUUUAAGAAAGAAAGUAAUCCAUUACCCAAUCAAAAGGACAAGUUAUCGAUGUUCCGAUUAACUUCAAAGACAAAAGAAAAACUUGAUAAAAUGGUCUCGUCGAGAUCUGACACGAGAUCUAAAAGCAUGUCCGAAAGUUUUCUGGGUGAAAAUUUUCUCAGUGACAAUUUACCGCCUGUACCACCACCACCGCUUAACUACUCCAUAUCUACUACUCAAGUAUCAGACGACAGUUUGUCGGAUGACGACACGAAAACUACCACUUUAUCUACGUCGUAUACGCAAAAAGCUAUCGUAACCGAAGAAUACAAUAAAUUUCAUCGUAAAUCUAAAACUUCCAAGAAAGUAGCCAGACAAGCACAGUUAAAAAGAUUGCGGAUUGCUCAAGAAAUACAAAGGAAAUUAGAGGAGACUGAAGUGAAGCAGAGAGAAUUAGAAAACAGAGGAGUAAGCGUCGAAAAAGCGCUGCGUGGUGAAGGAGAUUCCUCCAAUCGUGAAGAAGCAGAUUUGCUUAGAGAAUGGUUCGAUCUUAUGAAAGAACGCACUGAGCUACGUAGAUAUGAAAAAGAGCUUCUGGUGCGUGCACAAGAAGUACAAUUAGAAGAUCGCCAUGAACGAUUACAACAAGAAUUGCGUGAACGCCUAGCUGAUGAUGAUGAUAAAAAGACUAGUGAUGAUGUUAAAAAAGAGGGAGAAAUUUUAACAGAAAUGUUGGAGAUUGUGGCAAAGAGGGAUUCACUAAUUGUUCUAUUAGAAGAAGAACGACAAAGGUAUAAGCCGCACACGCUGACACGAGGCAAUAUGCAACAACGCGCACAUACACGCGAAAUUUGUUGUUCACAUUCGUGCACAACACGCGUACAACACGCGUAUUCUAUUGACGUUGAACAAAUAUGAAGAUGAAGAUCGCGACCUUGAAGCUCAAAUGUUAUCUAAAGGCCUGAGAUUAACACCAAUAAAAAAUUGUGACACUAAAAACACACAUCUAAU